GGUUCCGGGUCGUGGCGCGGCUCGGGGCAACAGGGCUGCUGCUCAGCUGGCCAGCGGCGGUGAGUGGCUGGGGCAUGAAGGCGAGCCCGGAAAGCGGCUGCUGAGCCGGCCGGGAGGAGCGCCAGUCCCCGAGGAUUCCGAGAGUGCGGAGCUCGGGCAGGGGCCGGGAGGCGCGGGGGAGCCGAGCCCCCACCUCAGGAACGUGUCCCAGGGCCGACCCGGCCCGUAGUGUGGCAGCAGCUUCAGUUGCUGACAUAUAGGAGACUAACAAAGAAGAACUGAGGUGCAGACUUGAAUCUUGAAGCAAUGUGAGGUGGAGUCACACCCACCUGGAUUUGAAUAUUGGCUCUGUUGGUUAUUAACUGCGUGAUCCAGACAAUGCAAAAUGAGGACAGUACUGCCAGUCUCAUAUGAUACUUGUGAGGAUUAAAGGAAACAGUUUAUGUAGGUGAGCCCGUGAAACAAUAUGAAGAGAAGAAAAUAGCCUUUUAAGGAAAUUGGCCCACAGAAAGGAUGGCCUUCUUGGACAAUCCAACUAUCAUUCUAGCUCACAUUCGACAGUCACAUGUGACCAGUGAUGACACAGGAAUGUGUGAGAUGGUUCUCAUUGAUCAUGAUGUUGACCUAGAGAAGAUUCAUCCUCCUUCAAUGCCUGGAGACAGUGGGUCAGAAAUUCAGGGAAGCAAUGGUGAGACUCAGGGCUAUGUAUAUGCCCAGUCAGUCGAUAUUACCUCAAGUUGGGACUUUGGUAUUAGAAGACGCUCAAAUACAGCUCAAAGAUUAGAACGACUCCGAAAAGAGAGACAAAACCAGAUCAAAUGCAAAAAUAUUCAGUGGAAAGAAAGAAAUUCUAAGCAAUCAGCCCAGGAGUUAAAGUCACUAUUUGAAAAAAAGUCGCUCAAAGAGAAACCUCCACAUUCUGGAAAGCAGUCAAUAUUAUCUGUACGCCUGGAGCAGUGUCCUCUGCAGCUGAAUAACCCCUUUAAUGAGUAUUCCAAAUUUGAUGGCAAGGGUCAUGUAGGCACAACAGCAACCAAGAAGAUCGAUGUCUACCUCCCCCUGCACUCAAGCCAGGACAGACUGCUGCCAAUGACCGUGGUGACAAUGGCCAGCGCCAGGGUACAGGAUCUGAUCGGGCUCAUCUGUUGGCAGUACACAAGCGAAGGACGGGAGCCGAAGCUCAAUGACAAUGUCAGUGCCUACUGCCUGCAUAUUGCCGAAGAUGAUGGGGAGGUUGACACAGAUUUCCCCCCACUGGAUUCCAACGAGCCCAUUCAUAAGUUUGGCUUCAGUACUUUGGCCUUGGUUGAAAAGUAUUCAUCUCCUGGUCUGACAUCCAAAGAGUCGCUCUUUGUUCGAAUGUCCUCCUCAUCCAUCGCCCAGCAUAUUGUCACAGAUGGAGCGCACACUGACUUCCGAGGAGAAAGCAGAGGAAGAAAUGCUGCUCAUGGAUUCUCCCUUAUUCAGGUGGACAACACAAAGGUCACCAUGAAAGAAAUCUUGCUAAAGGCAGUGAAGCGAAGAAAAGGAUCCCAGAAAAUUUCAGGCCCUCAGUACCGCCUGGAGAAGCAGAGCGAGCCCAAUGUCGCUGUGGACCUGGAGAGCACUUUGGAGAGCCAGAGCGCCUGGGAGUUCUGUCUGGUCCGCGAGAACAGUUCAAGGGCAGACGGGGUUUUUGAGGAGGAUUCGCAAAUUGACAUAGCUACAGUACAGGAUAUGCUGAGCAGCCACCAUUACAAGUCAUUCAAAGUCAGCAUGAUUCACAGACUCCGAUUCACAACUGAUGUACAGUUAGGUAUCUCUGGAGACAAAGUAGAGAUAGACCCAGUUACGAAUCAGAAAGCCAGCACUAAGUUUUGGAUUAAGCAGAAACCCAUCUCAGUCGAUUCUGACCUGCUCUGUGCCUGUGACCUUGCUGAAGAAAAAAGCCCCAGUCACGCGAUAUUUAAACUCACGUAUCUAAGCAAUCACGACUAUAAACACCUCUACUUUGAAUCUGACGCUGCUACCGUCAAUGAAAUUGUGCUGAAGGUUAACUACAUCCUGGAAUCACGAGCAAGCACUGCCCGGGCUGACUAUUUUGCUCAAAAACAAAGAAAACUGAACAGACGUACAAGCUUCAGCUUCCAGAAGGAAAAGAAAUCAGGGCAACAAUGACACCGGCCUCCAGCUUCAAUCUGUUGCCAUAGCUUAGAGCCUGCCUGCCAGGGCCCAGGUGGCCCUAGAGCCCACCCUGUGUCCUGCAGUCCUCGGGGAGGCCAGCCCCUGGCUCACGAGGACAGGGCUGGUGGGCUCUUGGGGAAGGCGGGGCACCCCCUAGAACAGAGCUGGGGACGUUGCCACGGGACCGAACCCUGAGUGGUAAUGGCUUUGAUUAGCAGUGCCCGGGGCCGGACGACACCGAGAGGAGCCACAAGCUGCCCAGCCAUCUUCACUGCCUGACGGCCCCGCCCGAAGAUGUACAUAGCCAUGCCCAGACAUGUCCUUGCAACUCGAUCAAAUUUCUUAAAACAAACGAAGAACAAAAAUGUACGGUUCUUUUUUUUUUUCUUCCUUUUAAUAAACUCUUUACCAUGGUUGGUA